CCAAUAGCCACCACAAUCUCCAUAACUAUUCUCUCUCUAUCAGUUUCUCUGUAUACUUAGAGUAGAAAAUCGCAGGCCUAUAGUUGUACUAGUUUCGCCUUUUUGCGUUCUGAAUCACUGCAAAGUGUGCAAGGUUUCGGCUAUCGCAUCAACAACAGUCAACAGCAACUACUUUUUUUUUUUGUUUUGUUUUCGGUUUUCCCAAUUGUUAUGGUCUAUGGACCACUAGUACUGCAAAAAGUUGUUUUCUGUGAAAGCAAUUUCUGGAAGGAAAAUCAAGUAUAGUGUGUUUGUUGUACAGCAGUACUGUUACAGUUACUAGUAACAAACCACUGUAUAACAUAGAAAGCGUGAAAAUUAGCCAAAAAAAAUGCUUGAAACGGUGAAGUACCUGCUUGGUUCCGCCGGAGCUAGCGGUUACGGUUCAAAAUCCACUGCCGAGAACGUCACCGAACAGUCUCCUGAUCUUCGGUCGGUCACCGCUAUUAUCACUGGUGCGACGUCAGGAAUUGGAGCGGAGACGGCGAGAGUUCUGGCGAAACGUGGUGUUAAGCUGAUUUUACCGGCGCGUAGCGUAAAAGCGGCGGAGGAAACAAAAGCUCGAAUCCUAUCUGAAGUGCCAGAGGCGGAGAUUAUCGUUAUGGCUCUCGAUCUUAGCUCUCUGAGUUCCGUACGGAAGUUUGUAGCUGAAUUUGAAUAUCUGAAUUUUCCUCUCAAUCUUCUCAUAAACAACGCCGGAAAAUUCGCUCACCAGCAUGCCAUUUCUGAGGAUGGAAUUGAGAUGACUUUUGCUACUAAUCACUUAGGCCAUUUCCUUUUGACAAAGCUUUUACUGAAGAAGAUGAUCGAGACGUCUAAUAAAACGGGCGUUCAAGGAAGAAUAGUGAAUGUAUCAUCAAGCAUCCAUGGCUGGUUUUCCGGCGACUCGAUUCAGUACCUCCGACUGAUCACUAAAGACAAAAGUCAAUACGAUGCGACACGUGCAUAUGCUCUCUCGAAGCUGGCCAAUGUUUUGCACACCAAGGAGCUGGCUCGGAUAUUGAAAAAAAUGGGGGCAAAUGUGACAGUCAAUUGUGUUCAUCCUGGAAUUGUAAGAACUAGACUCACUAGAGAACGAGAAGGCCUCGUCACUGAUCUGGUAUUCUUUUUGACCUCAAAACUCUUGAAGACUAUUCCCCAGGCAGCUGCAACAACUUGCUAUGUUGCUACUCACCCUAGACUUGCAAAUGUGAGUGGAAAAUAUUUUGCAGACUGUAAUGAAGUUUGUUCUUCAAAGUUGGGUUCCAAUUCAACAGAAGCAGCACGCAUAUGGUCAGCUUCAGAGAUUAUGGUUGCUAAAAAUUCAAAUGCAAAUUUAGAUCCAUUGGACGCUCAAAGCGACUAGUUCCUUUCCUGCGGAGGAGUUAAAACAGACUAUGACGGUUAUAAACAGAAAAUACCCUCUACUAAUUAGUACUUAUAUGGUGUAGGACUUUUGGUAUAAUGAGAGAGAUAUAAGUAAGAUCUUGUAUAAAGAAAAAAGUUUUUGCAGCAACAUAUACAAUAUAUAUAUAUAUACACAAACCUAGCUAGCUAGGAGUAUGUUCAU